CUAAAAAAUUACCACGUGAAGUGAAAUUUAUCCGAAUUUCAUCACAACGUCGAACAAAAUCACUGAAAAUAGUAUAAAGCAUAUCUAGAAACUAGGUAGAUUCGGGCUCAGUCAAGCCGAAUACACACCACUCCACUCAACAAACACAGAAGAAGAACCGACUUUAAAAGACACAGAAAAAAUGGCGCUUCGCGUGCAAUUCGAGAACAACGAUGACAUCGGCGUCUUCACCAAACUCACAAAUACAUAUUGUCUAGUCGCCAUUGGCGGCUCCGAGACCUUCUACAGUGCUUUCGAGGCCGAAUUGGCCGAGACCAUUCCGGUGGUGCAUGCAAAUGUGGGAGGCUGCCGCAUCAUCGGACGCCUCACUGUCGGCAACCGCAACGGGCUGCUGGUGCCCAACUCGACCACAGACGAAGAGCUGCAGCAUCUGCGCAAUAGUCUGCCAGACGCCGUAAAGAUCCAGCGGGUGGAGGAGCGUCUCUCAGCCCUGGGCAACGUGGUGGCCUGCAACGAUUAUGUGGCCCUUGUUCAUCCUGAUUUGGACAAGGAGACAGAGGAGAUUAUUGGGGACGUCCUCAAUGUGGAGGUCUUUCGCCAGACCAUUGCCGACAACACCUUGGUCGGCUCCUACACUGUACUGAGCAACCAGGGAGGCAUGGUGCAUCCCAAGACGAGCAUACAGGACCAGGACGAGCUGUCUUCUCUGCUGCAGGUUCCCCUCGUAGCUGGAACGGUGAACCGUGGUAGCGAGGUCCUCGCGGCCGGCAUGGUGGUCAACGAUUGGCUCUCCUUUGUGGGCAUGAACACAACAGCCACAGAGAUAUCGGUGAUUGAGAGCGUCUUUAAGCUGAAUCAGGCACAGCCGGCUGCGGUGACAACCAAAUUACGCGCGGCCCUGAUUGAGGACAUGUCCUAGGCGGACAUUCCGUUUUAAUCAAACCCUUAUAUAUGUACUUGAUCUAAGCGAUAUCUUUGUUAUCUUCUAUACAAUGUCAUUUAAGAGCGCAAUGCGAAAUACAAAAAAGCAACACGAAACACAUUA